AUGAAUCAGGUAGGAUUGGUUCUUGAUGCUGGAAUGGAGAAAGAGCUUCGAAUUCGUCACUUGCAAGUGGCUGAUGCUGCUAGAGCUUCCCUUGGAUUGCCUGUGAUGGAAUAUGUUGUCACAGAUACACCUCUAGUGGUAGAGAAGUGGAUUGAUCUAACGACUGGGCAAUCAACUGGGAGGAUAAGACAUCCUGCCUCACUGCUUAGAGCCGUGCAGACAUUAAUCAACCGGUCAAAGGUGAAUGCAGUUGCAGUUGUUGGACGUUUCCCAGAUGAUGAUGUUGAAGAGGCAGAUAAUUAUCGACAAGGGAUGGGAGUUGAUACUUUGGCAGGGGUUGAGGCUAUUAUUAGCCAUCUUGUGGUGAAGGAGUUUCAGAUUCCAUGUGCUCAUGCUCCUGCUUUGUCACCUACUCCCUUGUGUACAUCUCUAUCUCCAAAAUCUGCAGCAGAAGAGUUAGGAUUCACAUUCUUACCAUGUGUACUUUCUGGGUUAAGUAAUGCGCCUCAGUACUUGAGUAAGAAUUUUGAUUCAUUGGGGAAGGACUGCCUAUUAGCAAAUGAUGUUGAUAGUGUUAUUGUACCUAUAAAUGCAUGUGGAGGGGAUGGCACUCUUGCUUUUGCCAGAAGCAAACAGUACAAGCCACUUAUCAUUGCAGUAGAGGAAAAUGAUACAGUUCUCAGCGAUUCUCCAGAGUCACUUGGGAUUGAGGCGGUAUGCAUUGGAAAACUUCUACAACGCUUUAUCUUCUUCACUUUUCUGGUUGUUGCUGACGAAACUGUAAGAGUUGCAAAUUAUUGGGAAGCCAUUGGUGUUGUUGCAGCUCACAAGGCUGGAAUAGAUCCUUAUUCCCUUCGAAGAAAUAGAAUCAAAAACAUUAAUUGCAUUUCCAGUACAUCUUCUAAUGGCCAAGCAGUUUCAAGUGCCUCUCAAGGAUUCCACUGA